CAGGUAUAACCCUAUGAUAUUAAAAUGCCACAGACUAAUUUAUAGUUCUCAUCAUUGGUGCUCAUAAAGUGGUGUUAUGGGCUGAGCGGAGGAGGAGCGGGUGGGGCCUGGCUGGGAACACAGAGGCAGACUGUGGUCACUGACCGGAGACUCUACUGGCUUUUAUUCUCAGAUCAGACCGCAUGUCUGACCCAGGGGUCCGCCUGCUGCCAGCAGCAAACUGCACUCAUUUCCCUGAUAUUUGACAGAUGGAUGCUGUGCUGUCGUAAGGGAGGAGGAUGAAAAAAUCGGCUGAUAUAUUUUUUGGCAUUUUCGCUCAUAGCCUAUUUAUGGGAGGCAGCAGCGGCUUGGCCCUUUCUUUAUUAUAGGAACGAGAUCUCCGCGGUUAGCUAUGUGAAGAGCAGAUCGCCUAAUAAUUCUCGUUUCGCGAUCCUGAGGAAUAAUUAUGAACAACGCGCAAGAUAUGUCGCCCGAUUUCGUGUUGAUGCGCCUGGUUUCCGCGGCCGAGGAUGACCGCUUGGACGCAGAAAACGGGAAUCUGCCGCCGGGAGGAGUGGUGGCAGGGCUGGGGAAGGAGGUCCUCGCUCAUAGUGGCGUCAAAGCGGGGUUGGAUAUCAGCCGAGAUCCGACGGCGGGCCUCGAGCAUCCCAGCAACCGCCUGAACAAAGCCCAGCCGAGUGGCGAGGGCACGGCUGCACCUGACACCGGGGUGACGGAGAGCCGAGCCCCGCUGUCCGCGCCUCCUCCGCCGCAGAGCCCUAUGGAGGCCCAGGGAUUUGACUUCGCUCCCAGCCCCGGCCUACGGCCUCAGCUGCUGGUCUUCUCCAAUAUAAUGCGGAAUGGAGAAGGGAUUUUAGAAUUAGACCGUCGGAAUCAGCCGAGGGAUGCUAUGGGUUUGGAUCAGAGCCCAGGGUCUGACUGCUCCGGCCCGACUGUCAAUAACAACACACUGAGUCCCGGAGACGUUCAGCAGCAGCAGAACCUGCUGGACCGGACAUGGGGAGCGCAUUCCUCGGUCUCCGUAACCGCGGAGAUGCAGGGAGCUGCGGAGCUGUGCCGACGGCAUCGACUCAUCACUACCCCGCCCGAGUGGCCCUUGUUGUCGGAGAGAUCCAACCCUCUCACCGUGAUUGACUCUAAAUGGGGAUGCGCCACCAGGGACAGAGAGGGAGCCGUGUUUGAACUGGCCCGACGGUUCGGGGAGCUGGGGGUCGGUGCGGUACCCAAGAUGCUGUUUAAAGCAGGGGAGCUCCCGCAGUGUUCGUGUCAGGGUGCACACGGGCCGGUAGGAGGGGGAGUGGAGCCCGGGGAUGACCCGACAGAGACCAGCGAUGCUUUGUUGGUCUUGGAGGGGCUAGGGAGCGGGGACGUUGCCGGCCUGGGCAUGGAUGAGUGUCCGGAGGGUGAGACUGAUGAUGAGAACGGACGCCGCGAGUUUUUACUCAACAGGAAAAGGGAAAUAGUUCAGAAAAUGUCCGGGACUUUCUCCAUCAGCAGUUUCCAAGCGGAGCUGAGGAGGCAGGUGGAGGGGAUGGCCCCAGCGGCGGCAACCGAGGCGGCGGCGACAGCAGCGCACCUAGGCGCGCAGGUGUGCAGCCUCCACGGGAACUUAUCCAGCCGACUCUCGCAGGUAAGCUCCGGAAAUUCAGAGGUUGUCGCCCAGGUUUCCACCAUAUCACCGUCACCUACACCGGUCCAGAGCUCCCCUUGGGCCACAAGCCCAAAUCUUAGCCAGGCGUCGACACCUAGAAGGCGGCCGGAGAGGUGCGCCAGUGCGCCACGGACUCCCACAGGCUCGGCCGCGGGUGGGGAAAAGACGCUCAAAGUUCCAGGGAAGUCCAAAAAGGGCUCGUUAAAGAUCCGCCUGAGUAAACUGUUCCGGACUAAAAGCUGCAGUGGCUCCAAUCACCUGCUGGACAAGAGGCCCUCAGUGACCUACUCAGUAUCUUCUGCCGGGAGUCUGGUGGACAUGGCGAGCACCUCUGGUGCUGAGCAGGACACAGACAGCCAGAGCCAGCCCAGUCUGACCAGGGCCCACAGUGCCUUCUCCCCUGCCUCUCUCUCUGCCUCCCUCUCUGCUUUCACUGGUGAGACUGUCUCCCUGGUGGAUGUGGAUAUUUCACGCCGAGGGGCGAACACACCACACCCUCCCACGCCUCCCCCUCCUCCACGCCGAAGUCUCAGUUUGUUAGAUGACAUAGCCGGGCCUCAGCCUGGGCCUUUCCUUGUGAGUGUUAUGGGCGCCUCCCUGCAGUCCCUACCCCUGCCUCUCCCUCCUCCUCCUCCUCCCUCCCACGCCACCAUCCAGCACAGUCUCAGCCUCAAUGAUGCCUUCCUCCGGGCACUUCCUCAUUCAGCUCCAUCGCCGGCUGAUGCUCCACCUCCAUCCAGACAAGUCCCGCCCCCCAUGCUGUGCGCCCUGCGGCGGUCUGAAGCCAGCAACUUCACCGCCAGUCUGAGAGAGCUGGAGAAGUGUGGCUGGUACUGGGGCCCGAUGAACUGGGAGGACGCAGAGAUGAAGCUUAAGGGGAAACCAGAUGGAUCUUUCCUGGUCCGAGACAGUUCGGACCCCAGAUACAUCCUGAGCCUCAGCUUUAGGUCGCAGGGAGUCACACACCACACACGCAUGGAGCACUACCGAGGGACGUUCAGCUUGUGGUGCCAUCCGAAGUUUGAGGACCGUUGCCACUCGGUGGUGGAGUUCAUUGAGCGAGCCAUCAUGCACUCCAAGAACGGCAAAUUCCUCUAUUUCCUCCGCUCCAGAGUCCCAGGGCUUCCUCCAACCCCAGUUCAGCUGCUGUACCCUGUAUCUCGCUUCAGCAACGUGAAGUCACUACAACAUCUCUGCCGCUUCUGCAUCCGACAAAUAGUUCGCAUCGACCACAUCCAGGAGCUUCCACUGCCCAGACCAUUAAUAUCCUACCUGAGUAAGUUUUAUUACUACGACCCCGAAGAGGAGAUGUACCUGUCAAUCAAGAGCAUCCGGAGGGUGGUGGGAGCAGAGCAGGAGGCUGAGUCACAGACGUAGCAGAAGAGAUCUUCUCAGCUCAAGUUUCUGUAUGGAGGACUGAUCUGUUCUGGUCUGCCAGUAUCAGCCAAUCAGAGUCCUUGGAAAUCUCAGUGUCCAGCUGAACUCGGACGGACCUGCCUCUCUCUUGAUUUGGACUAACAAAAAGAGGGAUGAGUGUUUGCAGCUGGACGGUGGGAAAACUGUCAAUGAGAAGUUCAGAUGCAGAGGACACAGCCUCGUCUUCAGAGGGACUGCAGAGAUGUUCUCACCUGCAAAACACGUUGGCUUGAAACAAAAGGAGAACGUGUAACAUGAACUUGAUUUGCAAAUUUACUGAACUGGACUUUUAAAACACGAUGCACUGGUCAAUUUGUACAACUGUUGUUUGCUGCCGUUUCCUUGUUUUUUCUUCCAGUCUGUCAAAAUGAGGGUUUUUGGAUUAAAAGUUGCCCUCAGGACAGUUAUACACACAGAGGCAGGGCAACAGAGGCCCAUUACUGAGCAUUUGAACAGUCAAGGUGUUUAAGAGAAACAGGCCACCAUGUUGGAGGACCUAUAAUCUUAUACUGGGUAACCUGAUCUGCUUGGAAAAAAACAAAAUAUCAGUGUUAGCUAUAGAGCUAAUGCAAUGCUAAAAUAAAUUAGACAUAAAAGUAGUUUAAAAUUAAAUUCAAGAAGGCACUUCUUACACAGACAGACCUUUACAACUUCUCAGCUUGAACUUCAUACUUGUUUAUUCUGACUGCAGCGUAAACAUUUCACCAUUUGAAUGUUUUGAUUGUGUUUUUUAGCCUCAUAAUCAGGAUUUAUUGCUAUUUUGUUUCAAUUGCAUAAUUUAGUCCGACAUUGUGUUAGCCCUGUGUUUGAUUGGCAUUGAUUGGUGACAUGUCCAGGCUGUACCCUGCCUAUCGUGCAGUGUCAGCUAACAUUGGCUCCAGCCCUCUGUGACCUUCUAAGUGGGUAUAACUAAUGGAUGGAUGAUUGUUUUAGUCAAGAGAGGGUUAUUUUGUUUUGGUUUGCCAAAACUAGUCAGACAUUUUCAUCCCACUGUUGUCAUUUUAAGUUAACAUGGAAGUCGCGAUAGCAGUUGCGAUAACAGUAAGCUUAUUUGUCAUAUCAAAUGAAGAAAUAAGUAGAACUAAGAGUUAUUAUAUCUGUAAGUACAAUCAGAACAACCUAUACAACUGUGUCAAUCACAUACAUUUUUGCCGUUGUUUCUUUUUUUUUUGUCACUAUUUUUCAUUAAUGCAUCUAGUUAGCUAUGUCGAGAGAAGACGUCCCCAUUCUUAAUCUCACCUAUAAAGCUCUGGUUGUUCUGUUGUUUCUCCAACACAGCCUUCAAUGAGCACAACACCGGAUCUUUUUAAAUCCCUGAACAAAGCUGUUGAAAAAAACAAAACAACAAAAACAUAUCGAUCGGCAGUGUAGGUCAUAAACUCUGCACCCUUCAUGUUAGCAGAUGGGACAAGGACCAAACAAAAAAAUCAAAGUACAGGUCAAAUAAAUUUUCCCAAAUAUGGUCUCUGUCAUUUUAGGUAGUUCUUAUCAAGCUGAUGUUUACAUUUAAGUGCUCAUUUCUCUUAUGAAUUUGGUUUUAAAUAGUUACUUGAUGCUAUAAAAAGGGGAUUUCACAUCAUGAUUUACAGCUGAGUCCUGUUCGCAAUUGAGACCUGGAAGCCGCUACUCCAAAUACUACUACUACUGCACAGACUCUAGCUCCAAAUGACAUCACCAGUGCAAGAUGGCAGCCCCUAUCUCUGGGAUAGACACAUGAUCCGUCUUUAUAUAUGGUCUAUGACACCUGCAAACAUGCAGCACAUAAAGCUACACCCAAAUCUGUGAUGUCUCCUUUAAGAGGAAAACAAGUGCAGUUGUGUUUCUUGUUGUUCCUACAGUUGUUCAUAAAUGUCACUAGUUUGAAUGUCAACCACAGCCUCCAGUAUCAGCUCAUCAUUAACUGAACCCCACUCAGCAUGUGUUUGCAAGGUAGAAGGAGAAGUGCAACUUUCUUUUGUUUUGUUGUUAUCCUCUGAUAUUGUGGGUUGUACCUUUUAUUGUACAGUCAGUAGCCAAACACUCUCCAUAAUAUCAGGCCUCUAAUAUCAGGUCACAGCCAUUCUUUUUGUUACUAUAUCAACAACAACAACAACUAAAACUUCCCACAAUACACAAGGUUUACAAAAGAAUGCCAGAGUGUCCUGUUGCUUUCUCCAAAAAUGGAUACUUUAUGGUAGAUAUCAGUUUCAGGUGUCCUGUGCAUUGCAGGAGAUAUAAGUGAUAGUGGCUCCCUACACUUCCCAGAAUGCCUCUUGACAGCCUUUAAAAAAGAGUUGUUAGCUAGCUUGCUGCUUGCUGUGUCCAA